AUGGGUCAAUGGAUUCAAGUUUUGAUAUUAUAUCGUUACUCACAAAGAGAACAGAUUGACACAGACAGGGAAUGUCAAUGGGGAUGCAAUGAAGACGGUAAUAAGCAACUGAGCCCUGUAUCGGUGCUAGAAGAAGUAUCAUCACUACCCCCGGCUUCUUCGCUCCAUAUCCAUCUUGUCAACUGGCAAAAACCAAAAACAGUUGAGUUAUGCCCCAGAAGAAUAAGAACAAUAACAACAUGCACACGCAGAGAGGAAGAGGCAGCAUCGACUCCAAUUCCCAAUCAACCCAUCAACAUCAGAGUUACAGAAGAUUCCAUACUCUCGGCUUCCCUGUGGGAACUACUGUUGCAGCGCUCACUGGUACAGAAAAGGGGUUCGGGUGGAAUGGAAGCAGUACUAAGGGAGCUUCUUGGGUCUGGAGGUUUAGAUUCUUCUUCUCAUUCUCAGUACGUGAAGAACAAGAGGGUAUUGCAGCAAACGAGACAGCUUCUGUUCGACUGCGUGAGAGAAGCCGUAGAGAAGUACCAAACUGGAACUGGAAGGAGGAGGAGGAGGAGAAAGUGGCAUGGUGGUCUUGAUCAAUUCAUUGGACCUGAGGAGCUGGGGAAUAUCAUCUGUGACGAGAUCCGUGCGUGGGGGAAACAAUCCAUAGACAUACCAAACCUUAACCAGCUGAUUGAAGCUGAUAUCUGGGAGACGACGGAGGAAGAAGGGUGGAACGAUUUUUUGAAGCCACAUAGUAUCAGGAAUGAGAUUGGAAUGGGAAUUGCAGAUGCCAUCUUGGAGGACCUGAGCAAUGAGAUUGUUAUUGACAUGAUUCACAUUCACAACUUCACAUUUAAUACCCAUAAAAGUAAAUGGAAUACCACUUCUUCUUGUUCUUGUUAAUCAUCAAUGUCGAUCAAUUAU